UGACACAAAAAAGCAAAAGUAGACUACCUAUAGGAGCUUGCGCACAAGUUUGAACAUUUAUCUAGCGGAAACGACUAUUGAGAGGUCUCAAAUUUGCAUUGUCGAGACAAAGAUAGAACAAUCGCAAGCCCUUGCAGUUCCGUGUACGUAUACAGUGAUGUGGAGCUGGGCCCCCAAGUUCUACUCUUGCGACCAUGAAGCCCGAUUUAAUUCGAGCCCGCAAGGUUUGGUAGCGCCAGUGUCACUCUUUUACGUACUAUUAAGUUCAUAUUCUGUCCAUAUUUGGUUACUGGGAUCUACUACGAACAUACGAACGUUUUCAAUUGUUUCGAAGCUAACCGCACCAUCGAGCGUAAUCGAUAAUUCACCCAUUGGAAUACAUUGGAACGAUUGGAUGGAUUUCAAGGAUUUUACCAAAGACAUGGACGAUAAAAAACGAUGCCACAAAGUAUUCGCAAUCAUCGGCUGCAACGGCAGCAAGAAACGCAUGUUCGCGUUCCCCUGUCUGCUGAAGGACAAAGACAGGUACUUGCAGUGGAUAGCACUGUCAAGAAAGGAGGAUUUUCUCCAGCUUCUCCCAAAGGUAGUGAGGAACAAAGUGUUAUACGAUAUUCACUUUGAAAAUCGCUACCGUUUUACAAAGAACCACACGAGGGAUGCACUACCAACCUGCAACUUACCAGCACCUGCUGCAUCUGCCAAGCCACAGGGGGAAACUGGAAUGGAAAUUAAAGAAGAAGAAGAACAUAAGUUUUUGAUCUCUAUACAUAUGAUAAAAUAAUACCCAUAAAAAACUUCAAAAAAGUAAAAAAAAUUACGCC